AUGGCCUCUGAAGUCUUUGGAACCGGUCGAGUCACCAUGCGCAAAGCCACCAAACCCACUGGUCCAUCAGGCAGCCCAUGGUACGGAUCCGACAGGGUCAAGUACUUGGGUCCUUUCUCCGGCGAGCCCCCGAGCUACCUCACUGGAGAGUUCCCCGGCGACUACGGAUGGGACACCGCCGGUCUAUCCGCUGAUCCCGAGACCUUCGCCAGGAACCGUGAGCUAGAAGUAAUCCACCCCAGAUGGGCCAUGCUCGGAGCCCUAGGAUGCGUUUUCCCUGAGCUUUUGGCUCGGAACGGAGGACUCGACUACUUGGGCAACCCGAGCUUGGUCCACGCUCAGAGCAUUUUGGCCAUUUGGGCCACUCAAGUGAUCCUCAUGGGAGCUGUUGAAGGUUACAGAGUCCCCGGAAAUGGUCCCUUGGGAGAAGCAGAGGACUUGCUUUACCCAGGAGGCAGCUUCGACCCAUUAGGCCUCGCUACCGACCCUGAAGCUUUCGCGGAGUUGAAGGUUAAGGAGCUCAAGAACGGAAGGUUGGCUAUGUUCUCUAUGUUUGGAUUCUUCGUUCAGGCCAUUGUCACCGGAAAAGGACCGUUGGAGAAUCUCGCUGACCAUUUGGCUGAUCCAGUCAACAACAACGCAUGGGCCUUCGCCACCAACUUCGUCCCCGGAAAGUGA